AUGUCCACAGGACUACUAUUUUAUUGCAUUCUUCCAAUUCUAGCAUUAGCACAGAAUGCACUAUUAGACGAAGCAAGUGAAUAUAGGCAAGAGUUAUGGCCUUAUAUGAAUGACAUGGAACAAGGGGUAAAUCCAAAUGAAUUGUCUAAUUUGUUGUAUUAUGAUCCACGUCUGAAACGUUGGGCUAGUCAGUUGAGAUUUGGUAAACGAGCAAACUGGGCCAGUAAAGUACGAUUUGGAUGA